GUGUUUUUAAACAAUGUUUAAAUAUUAGUAUUUUUCAUCAACAGAUUAAUACGGUGUGGGACAGGUAACUGUAGAUAAGUUACAGUGUCACCAUGCAGGGAUUCGGACUUAUUGGGUUGAGUUUGAUAGGUCUUAGUAUCGGGUGUAAUCAGUUUCGGCCACCACCAACUACAACAACAACAACAACAACAACAACUACAACAACUCCAACAACAACGACACCUGUUCCGCAGUGCAAGUGUGGACAGGCUAAUGUUAAAACUAAGAUUGUAGGAGGACAGGAAACAGAGAAAAAUGAGUAUCCUUGGCAGGUUGCUUUACUGAGAAAUCAACAGCCAUCAUCAACAAAUACACCUUUUUGUGGAGGAAGCUUGAUUAGCAAUCAGGAGGUGCUGACUGCUGCCCACUGUAUAAUUGGAUCAACCAUAUAUGUUGCGUUAGGUGAACAUGACAUUAAUGAUCCUAACGAUGGGCAGAAGAUUGUAAAAGUAUGUAGUAGCACCAAACAUCCCAGCUAUAAUGGAAACAAUGAUUUUGAUUAUGCUAUUCUGAAACUCUGUGAUUCACCAGUCACUUUUACAAAGGAGAUAUCCCCUGUUUGUCUACCAACUGCUAAAGGUCUAGGGACUCAGUAUGAAAAUGUUGAUGCUAUUGUUUCUGGUUGGGGUACCACGAGUUCUGGGGGAAGUCAAUCAUCAACACUUUUAGAUGCGACGGUGACAACUAUGAGCAACAGCCAGUGUAAAACUAGUUAUGGAACCACUUCGAUUACUAAUAAUAUGAUCUGUGCUGCUGCUACUGGAAAAGAUUCCUGUCAAGGAGAUUCUGGAGGCCCACUGAUUAGGAAAGAGAGUAAUGCUGCAUAUACUUUGAUAGGAAUUGUAUCAUGGGGAUUUGGAUGCGCUCAGCCUGGAUUUCCCGGAGUUUAUGCACGAGUUUCAAAUCAGCUGGAUUGGAUCAAAGGCAAGAUGGCGGGAGCCACAUGCUCUCCUUAAACCAGUUUGGCGUCACGUUAAUCAUUGUUCUCUGUUUAAGUUUGGUUUUGUCGACUUACACAUCAUCAGAACCUUAUCAAAUGUGGUCUUUUAAAAAACGAAAUUGAUUUUUUUUUAAAUGAAGACAAUAUUCUUGGUUUAUUAGUAUUGAGACUGAUUAAAAUAGGGACAACGUUUAAUAGUGAGACGGAAUGGAUAUUUAGGUUUAAGUUUUUGAUAUUUCAUUUAACCUUGUAUAACGUAAAAUUGUCAGACAAACAUAAGAUAAUAAAUAAUUUCAUCGCAA